AUGCUUUAUAAAAGAGCUCUUUUGACCUCUACUGUUCAUCACUUCAUCGAUAAACCCUUUGUUGUUUUUCUGCUUCUGAAACCUCAAACAUGGAACUUUUAUUCUUAUAAGUACAAGUGCACUUCCAAGGAAUCUUCGCCAAAUACCCCAUAUGCUACACUGGCGGAAUUACUCAGAUUUUUGGACAUCGAUUUCAUAGUCAUGGAUAAGGACAGGUGCUAUGCGUUCAUCGAAAGUUUCAUUGGAGUAAAGUGUGAGAAUCUCUAUUACGGCCAACCUAAUGUUGAUUUUCCAAAAGGUUUGACUUUAAUCAGCAAUGACCCAAAUUAUUUUGACUUUAUAGCAAUUGCAUAUGAAUGUGGUGUUAUACUCCCUAUGCAUGUAGACCAUUUUGGGAAUAGUAACAUGUAG